AUGAGCGCUGGCGGUUUCUCGAAGGGACCGCAGCAACAUGGGGACCCCCUCUUCCCGCCGCUCAGCCGAGAGGUUCUCAAAACUCUACACUCCGUUAAGGUGAGCAUCCUCAUAGACCAGCAGAUUCAUCAAUACGCUCAGGUGGACGGAAUUGGUCUGAACGUUUCCCAGGCUAAGUUGAAUGAACUAUUUAGUCGGUAUGGGGAAGUGAUGGAUAUUUAUAUCCCUAAAGACAAUAGGCCUGGUUUGGGUACAGGUUACUGCUUCGUGAGGUACCCCGACAUCCGUAUGGCCGAGGCCGCUCUCGAGCUCGAUAAUCGGAUUACCCUCCCGGGCUGCACUGCUCCCUUUCACUGUUCUCUGGCAGGCCGUCGUCAGAUGUAUGAAUCCCAUAAUCAUCGAAUGUCGGCAGGCUCUAGUGAGUACCCCUCCUAUGCUACCCCGGGUGGGUCUAUGGAUUCUCGCCGUUCAUCCUGGAAUGAAACCCGUUCAGUUCCCUAUCCCUCCAGAGGCUGGGAGCAGUGGGAGUCUGCCCCUCGUGGAGUUAUCACUGAUGCUCGGCAGCCUUCACGGGAGGCUCCUGCCCCCUCGGAGCUCCCAGCCACGCCUGGGUUCGAGCGCUACAUGAUCGACAACUUUCAGCAGCGGCCUCUUAAUCGAGAGAACUAUUUCUAUGACCGCUACUCUCACUACAGACCUCGUGAGAUGAUGCCUAUGUCGGCCAAAUCUUCAAUGCCUGCUGUUGGGCGUGAGGCGGGUUUCGAUGACCGGGCUCCUCGACAGCCCUAUUCCGGUCGGUUGGCUGAAGUUGGCUCCGUUGAUAAUCAGCGAGUUCCCCUUGCCGAUGCUUACUAUGGAAGAUAUUCCCACUACAGGCCGGGUCCCAAGAGUUUUGAGAAGUAUAUGGGUGAUGCUGUUAGAGUAUAA